AUCCCUGCUGCAUGUGGAAUAGAGUGAAGCUGCAUGACGACCUAUGUAUACACACACUCUCACACUCUUUUUUCUUUUCUCGUGCUGCAUCUGCUCUUCUUUCUGCUUUUUGUCCUCAACUCACAUCGACAGUCGCUCCUGCCAGUUCACUUUGACACACACACUCUCUCUCCCUUGUUCUCCGGAACUACCACACUCAUUCACCAUCCAGGUUCUGCAAUAGCGCUCUGGUAGCCGCUCGACGCAGACUUGCACGCAAGAACAGCAUUAUCGCAUUCUCACCACACAUCAAUUCACUGCUCAUUCAAACACCAUGUCCUCCUCCGUGAAGCUCUCCAUCCUGGCGCUGGCGUCGUCUGCUGUCGCCGCCCGACACGGUCACGUCUAUGGCCAUCACCGCCUGCACGCUUCUGGAACUGGUGGCGCCGCUGCGACUGGCUCCGCCGGUCUGUACCCAUACCCAAACGCCAACGGAACUCGCGUCUGGGGAUCGACUGGCAUGUCCGUUCCAACCGCAUAUGGCUCCUCUUCUGCCGUCGAUGCUGAGCACAGCACUCUUCACUCGACUGCUUACCACACUGCUUACCACACUGUCACAAUGAAGGCCGACAACGCAGCUGCUGUUCCUAGCAGUGCUGCCGCUCCAGCUGGCUACGGCUCUUCGUCCUCACUUGCUGCUGCUCAAUCAGGUGACUCGUGCGCAGCCGUCACCGUGACAUACACGGAAAAGGUCACCGCAACGAUUACCGAAGGUCAGAGUAUACCCUCCAGCACCGACUCUUCUCCAGUCGAUUCUACUCCUGUUGCCUCUGCGCCUGGCUACUCUGCCCCCGCGUACGGCUCAAGCUCCAGCAUCGAUGCCUCUCCAGUGGGCUCUACUCCUGCUGCCUCUGCGCCUGGCUAUUCUGCCCCAAUGUACAACUCAAGCUCCAGUACCGGUGCCUCUCCAGUCGGCUCUACUCCUGUUGCCUCUGCGCCUGGCUACUCUGCCCCCGCGUACGGCUCAAGCUCCAGCACCGAUGCCUCUCCAGUGGGCUCUACCCCCGCCGUCUCUGCGCCUGGCUACUCUGCCCCCGCGUACAGCUCAAGCGCCGGCACUGAAGCUUCCCCCGCUGGGUCAAGUGUCUCCGCUCCUGCAUACUCUGCGCCAGCAAGCACUUCCUCUUCUUCAACGGCCGCGCCGAUUCCAUCCUCCAGCAGCGAGGAUUCUCCAGUCACUACUGCGGCGGCUAGUUACAGCAGUGCCUCGACAUCCGAUGCGAUUACUGCUACCCCCUACGGUGGUGCCAACAAGCAAGGCGGAGUGCACCUCAGCUUGGCACUCGGCUACCCCAGCGCGUCGUCUACCGCGUCGGCUGCUGCAUCCUCCUCGACCUCUUCUGGGUCUUCAUCCGGAAAGCGUGGUCUCGCUUACAACGAUGCUAGCCUUACCUCCUGCUUUAAAGGCUCUCGGGAAAUCACGUGGGCCCAAAACUGGGGAUCUUCCAGCAACGGUCUGAGCAGCGAUUACACUUUCAUCCCAACCCUGUGGGGCACACGCUCCGACUUUGUGGACUCCUGGAACGAGAACGCCAAGGCUGCUAUCAGCUCCGGCUCUACUCACCUCUUCUCCUUCAACGAGCCAGAUCUCCCUGCACAAGCCAACUUGGGCUACGCAGCUGCCGCCACCGCCUACGCACAGUACAUGAACCCGUUCAAGGGUCAAGCCCAGCUCUGUGCUCCCGCUGUCACCAACGGAGGCGGUGACUCCAUGGGUCUCUCCUACCUGAAGAACUUCCUUUCAGCCUGCACGGACUGCCAAAUUGACUGCCUCAACAUUCACUGGUAUGACAGUGCUGAGAACGUCGACUACUUCAAGUCACAUGUGGAGCAAGCGAUCGAACUGGCGAACGGCAAGCCAGUGUACAUCUCGGAGUUUGGUUGCACUGGCUCUGACGACCAGAUCAACAGCUUCCUCCAGGAAGUCAUGCCUUGGAUGGACAACAACAGCAACAUUGCUGGCUACGCUUACUUCAUGGUGGAGAGCGGAAACCUCCUGAGCGGUACUGAGCCAUCCACCUAUGGCCGCACAUACAUGAGCUACAACUAAGAGUGUCACGCGCGUAGUAACUAUGCGUGUGUACCUCCUAGUCGGAUGUGUGUUCUUUCUUUGUGUACAGACUGGGGAUAUCCAGCAAAAAUGCCAGGACGGCCCUUGGUACGGCGUCACGAAUGAGUCCCAACAAUGUCCCUGUGUAACUUCCACUUGUCUUCUUGUACAUGCUUCUUUUCAGGGGAGGAUAACGGUUUGGUUGUGAUUCAGGUUUGCGUACGCGCUCCAUCAGGACGGAUACUGGUAUCAGCAUUGGGCCAUGCGUGACGCGUGAGAUUGGAGGAAAAAGCGGGAUAGGUAGAACAGAAACAGCACAUGGUCGAUAUGAAGCCGCAGCAGUGCUCGUAUUGAAUGAGAAACAUGACCUUUUCGAAGUGCGA